GUGUGUGUGAGAGAGAGAGAGAGAUAGAUAGAGAGAGAUGAAACACAGCAUCUCUUCUCAGGCACUAGCCGAAGAAUCUUCACGAAUGAGGCAUUGAUGGAUCUGUCGGGGCUGCAAAAUAAUUAACAUCAUUACAAUCCUGUAAAAGUCAUUAUGAUAUGCCAAACGAGGCAACAACGAAACGGAUGAUCCAUUCAUAGCUCCCCUUUGUUGCCAAUAUAAAACAUCAGAGAAGAAGUAAAGCAGAGCGACAACGCAAGUACGCAGAGGAGAGGUCUGACACCCUGUUUGGAGCGUCUUUAUUUUAUUAAUUUAAAUAAUUAGUUAAUGUAGGCCUUCUCACAACAGAGGGAGGCACCGUGGAAAUGUAUCACCAUGGAAAGGAGAGAAGACGAGCAUCCUUUGCUUUGAGUUAACGCUAAUGCGUUACACGCAUUUGUUUAUAUUAUUGUUUUAUUUUAUUCUCUGCCUUUCUCUUACGAACUCAAAAAUGUGGUAAGCUAUCUGUCGACUAGGGAGAGAGAGAAGGGUGUUGUCAGAAAGAGGAAAGAGAGGAGGAGGGGGCAUUAAGAGGUAUUAUUUUGGGGGGAAAGGGGGGACAGAUCGACACGGAGAAGGUGAAUUGAUGUACGAAAGCCUGCGACACCUCACUUUAAUGAGAAAUAAUCUUGCAAAAGAAAUGGCGUAAAACAUCAUCCGAAAAAAGCAAGAGAGAAAACCAGACGCAUCUUCAAGGGAGACCCUCGCGUUCUCACGUUGACCGGGAAUAUUUUGGGUGUGGCGUGUUGGCUGUGGAAGCUGUCAGUCUGCAGCUGGCCUAUCAGGAGCUCUCAGGAGGAUGGACCAGAACAGACAGUCUAUCUGAGGAUGCCUCCCGUCCCUCCCCCUCGCUACACCUGCUCUCUCGCCUCUCACACUAUGCUAGGAAAACACACUCUACACCUCUGAUUUUGACCAAACCCCCCACCCCUCCCAAUACCUUCUUUCUCCCAGUAUCUCCAAUAACCUAAUAAUUUCAGGGAAUUUGGAGGUCCUUUCUUUACUCUUUGCUGUCCACGAGUGAACUCCUAGUCAUAUUUAGUUUGUUGGGCAGAAGACCGGAGGACAUGUCCUUCUUCCCCGAGAGUGGCCCCAGACGUCCGGGGCCCGGUGGGAUGCGGCGCUCCAGCCCCCGCAGGAUGUCUGACCCGUGUCUGGUGUGGCUCCUGGGCCUGGCCCUCCGCCUGGCACUGUCCUCCUGUCAGCGGGCCGACCUCAGCGGUAAACACCCCAUGGUCACCACGGGCUACGGCAAGCUGCGCGGCGUCAGGAAGGAACUCAACAACGAGAUCCUGGGACCCGUGGAGCAGUACCUGGGCGUGCCCUACGCCACCCCGCCCAUCGGCGAGCGCCGCUUCCAGCCCCCAGAGGCGCCAGGCUCCUGGCAGGAGAUCCGCAACGCCACCCAGUUUGCCCCCGUGUGCCCGCAGAAUGUACACGGGGUGCUGCCUGAAAUAAUGCUGCCGGUGUGGUUCACUGACAACCUGGACGCUGCGGCAGGCUACGUUCAGAACCAGAGUGAGGACUGUCUAUACCUCAAUGUCUAUGUGCCCACUGAGGAUGGUCCUCUCACAAAAAAACACGAUGAGUCUACAAUGAACAAACCAAAGGAUGAAGAUAUCCGUGACCGUCGCAAGAAGCCGGUGAUGUUGUUCAUUCAUGGCGGCUCCUACAUGGAGGGGGCGGGAAACAUGUUCGACGCCAGCGUCCUCGCAGCCUACGGCAACGUCAUCGUGGUCACCAUGAACUACCGUCUGGGCGUACUUGGGUUUCUGAGUACCGGGGACCAGUCAGCCAAGGGGAACUAUGGUCUGUUGGACCAGAUCCAGGCUCUGCGCUGGCUCAAUGAGAACAUUGGCCACUUUGGAGGAGACCCAGAGAGGAUCACCAUCUUUGGCUCCGGGGCUGGAGCCUCCUGUGUCAAUCUGCUCAUUCUCUCCCACCACUCUGAGGGUCUGUUCCAGAGAGCCAUAGCCCAGAGUGGCUCAGCCAUCUCCAGCUGGUCGGUCAACUACCGACCCCUCAUGUACACCCAGAUCCUGGCUAAGAAGGUAGGCUGCAGCUACGGGGACACAGGCGACCUGGUGGAGUGUCUGAGGAGGAAAACCUUCAGGGAGCUGGUGGACCAGGACAUCCAGCCGGCCAGAUAUCAUAUCGCCUUCGGCCCAGUGGUGGAUGGAGACGUGGUGCCCGACGACCCUGAGAUUCUCAUGCAACAGGGGGAGUUCCUGAACUAUGACAUCCUGCUGGGGGUGAACCAGGGAGAAGGGCUGAAAUUUGUGGAUGACAGUGAGGGGGAUGAUGGGAUCUCUGCAGCCUCUUUUGACUACACCAUCUCCAACUUUGUGGACAACCUGUAUGGAUACCCUGAGGGUAAGGACAUCCUGAGGGAGACCAUAAAGUUCAUGUACACAGACUGGGCCGACAGGGACAACAUAGACAUGAGGAGGAAGACCCUGCUGGCACUGUUCACAGAUCACCAGUGGGUGGCGCCAGCUGUGGCCACAGCCAAGCUGCACGCUGAGUUCCAGUCUCCUGUUUACUUCUACACCUUCCACCACCACUGCCAGACGGAGGCCCGGCCAGAGUGGGCGGACGCGGCCCACGGGGAUGAGCUGCCCUACGUGUUUGGGGUCCCCAUGGUGGGAGCCACAGACCUGUUCCCCUGUAACUUCUCCAAGAAUGACGUCAUGCUCAGUGCUGUGGUUAUGACCUACUGGACCAACUUUGCCAAGACCGGGGAUCCCAACCUGCCUGUCCCUCAGGACACUAAAUUCAUCCACACCAAGCCCAACCGCUUUGAGGAGGUCAUCUGGACCAAGUUCAGCUCCAAGGACAAGCAGUACCUCCACAUUGGCCUGAAGCCCCGCGUCAGGGACAACUACCGGGCCAACAAGGUGGCCUUCUGGCUGGAGCUGGUGCCUCACCUGCACUCCCUGCAUGAGGACAUCAACCCCAUCACCACCCGGCUGCCGCCUGGAGGAGGAGGUCCCCGCGUCCACCGGCCUGGCCCCCCUGGGGCACGCUCCACCCGCCACCCCGUCAUCUCCACCAACCCCUCUGAACCCGAGCCAGACCCCUCCGAGCCGCCCCGCCGCAACCCAUUCCCCGACGAGAUAAGGGACUACUCCACGGAGCUGAGUGUGACUGUGGCUGUGGGCGCCUCGCUGCUCUUCCUCAACGUGCUGGCCUUCGCAGCGCUCUACUACAAACGGGACAAGCGCCACGAGCUGCUGCAGAGACGCCACCGCCGCUUGUCCCCCCAGCGUGGCAUGGGCACCGCCAUGGGCUUGGGCAUGGGAGGGGUGGGUGCCCCGUCCCACAAUGACCUGGCACUGAGCCAGGAGGAGGAGCUCAUGUCCCUGCAGAUGAAGCAGCAGAGAGUAGAGAUGGAGCAUGGUAUCGGCACGCCCCUCCCUUCCCGCGGUCUCCAUGGCGACCUGGAGCCGCUGCGGGCGCAGGUGGGCCCGCCGGACUACACGCUGGCGCUGCGGCGGGCACCGGAGGACGUGCCGCUGAUGACGGCAAACACCAUCACCAUGAUGCCCAGCACUAUCAGCGGCAUGCAGCCCCUCCACCCCUUCAACACCUACCCCCCCGCCCCGGCACCCUCCACCACCCCCACCCCCGGCCACAGCAACAACGCCCUACCACACCAACACUCCACCACCCGCGUAUAGGACCAGGCAUAACCUCUGGAUCAGCAGAGAUACAAAUGAACACCACACAGACUGGUCCUCUCCUUCUUCUCUCUCUUACUGGGGUUAUCCUCUCUUCUUUUUCUGUGUUGCUUUUUUCUCUUUCUCCGUGUCAUUCUGUUCUCUGUCAAUCUCCCCUAUCUUCCUCUCUCUCUCAAACAAUAUUACUGUUCUUCUUCUCUCUGCCUCCCACUCACUUCUCUCCAUGUCUGUUCCUAUAGCUCUUGAUCACAACGUUCACACAAUCCUCCCAGUCUCAUUUUCAUCCUAUUUCUCUCUUGCGCAAACCACUUCUCCUCUUUGGAGUCUUUUAUACAAACACAUAAAUGUAAAUUAUGUAUUAUUGAUAAAUUGUAAGGAUAUGAAUGAGAAAGGUGAGAUCCUGAUAUCUCGUUUUUACCAGCAUUCUUGGUGCCAAGUACUGUGAUUACGCUCUUCUUUCAAUGGGGUCCAAUGGACCACCUGGAGAGGCCCAUCCUGACUUGAUCUUACACAAGGAAUUAUCAUAAUCAAAAAAGUGCCAGACGUGUCAUCUUUGUUUUUGAUCUUUUGCAAUUUAUUUUUGUUUUUACUGCAUUCAGUGUUGCACCUUGGCUGGGCUUUACUCAAGGGGGAAAAUAGUAAAUAUAUCCAUGUAAAAAAUAUAAGAGAAUAUUAAGAUUUAAGAUUUUUUUGUCUGGGAUCUUCUGCAUGAUUUUUAUUUUCUAAAUGGAGGAUGGACAUCUUGAAUUUUUCCUUUUUAUUUCCAGGUUUGGUUUUUUUCUUGGUUUUUUUCUUGUUUUCUUAAAGUACUUUCUUUUUGUUUUUUACGUCAGCUGAACUUCGUGCACAAGAAAACUAUCUUCUAUUCUGUAGAUACUUCAAAAAGGCUUUCAAGAGAUGAAUAUUGACUAUGAUUAUAACAAGGACAACAAAGAUGUCCUUUAUUUUUUUCAUUUCUUAUCACUGAGGCUGUUCCACAAGCACCUGCCGCCCUGAAAGACUGAUGGAAGCCCCCUCUCUCUCUCCCUCGUUUUAUUUCUCUCUUUCUCUCAUUACUUUAGCUGUGGAGUGUUGCACGGUCGACUGAAGGAAAAACAGUGUUGGACUUUACCACUCCAUCAGCUUGCAGUGUUUGUCCAUGAUAGACUAAUACUUGUUUUUGAAUGGUGAAAACGUCAUACUUCACGUGGUUUGCCUCAAUGAUAAAAACUGAUAGAAUUCUACACAUUUUCCCGGGAAUAAAGGGUUGUCUCUGAACAAUUAUCUUCGUUUUAAGCACUCUCAUCCUCUCCUCAGUGGACUUUUAGCUACGUGCUUCAGGUUUUUGGAGACUGGGUAUGACUCUGUCUUUUCAAAUCCACUUCUGUUGUUCUGAGGGGAGAGGGUGCAGGGGGAGAGGGUGCAGGGGGUAUGAGGGGGGCUCAGACAGAAUGACUGACAUACUGUAGGUCAAAGGUGAAAAGCCUUGUACGCACGUUUUAGAUCUUUCAACCGCACAACUGAACACAGGGACACAAUGAACUCUGGACAUUCAUGAAAAAAAACUGUUACAGAACAGAUGUUGAGACAAAAUCCGAAAAACCUUGACAUCAAAACCAACAGCGACGAUGGAGAGAUGACUCUUCAGAGGAAGCCUGAUAUGUCUCCGAUGCACUGAGGAUGCGUUCUAAAUCUUGAGUAGAAAAAAACAUUUGAUAAACAUUACUCACAUAUACACAGAAAAAAAAAACCUGGCAGGAUUGAGUUCCCCAUGUUUUUCCUGUUCUGUUUCCUGUCUUGUUUUGGGAUGAUGAUGAUCACACUGGGGUUAGACUGGCAUCUGUCACAGGGGCCGGGGACUCAGAAAAAAGAACAAAACAAACACCAUGGAAAACAAACUGUACAUUUUUUUAAGUGUAAGAGAACAAACUGGUAUUUGUAAAUAUUAUGUUUAUGGUUUGGUUUAUGAGUGAACGGUGAAAUCUUUCCUUUGUGACAAGGUGCAAGUUCAGACGGCUGAUCCGUUGUUGUUGUUUGAUUAUCUUUCAUUUCUUAGAUUUUCAAGGUCAAAGUGCAACAAGUUAUGGGAACAUGUAGACAGUUAUUAACAUACAUGAAUGAUCUGUGAACUACAUCUAAAAUCCUAGCAUGAUUGAGUUCAACAUAAUAGCAGUAGGUAAGGGGAUAUGGCUCAGGUUUCUCUAGGGUAGAAAGGACAUACUGGAUGUGUGUGGGGUUUUGGAUGGAGGUGGGCAUUACUUGCACAAUUGUCAAUUGCCACAUCAAUCAUGAAGACAGAUUUUGUUUGGAUUAAUUUAAGAUGAGCCUUCUGCAUCUGUUAAGUGGCCAAAGAUAAGAGCUGCAUAAAUAGCAGAUUUAGAUAGAAUAGGGAUACAGAGAAAAAUAAAAUAGGAGAGUGAUCAAGAGCGAGAGACAGAAGGAAAGAAAAUCGGAAGGCACUGAUGGAGAGUGGUAGAGAUAAAGCCAUGGUUUGAAACUGUGCUCAACCCAAACCUACAGAGCUAGGAAACUUGAAUCUUGAUGGUGGUGCUGUUGGUACUUGUUAGUGACACUCACUGUCCUGAGAUAUGACAUACAGUAUUACCCAUAGCUUAGAACAGGUACAGUAUGUUGUCAUCUCCUUUGUACUCUUUAGUCUUGUUUCAGACUCUGAUGGUUGUGGUUGCUUUGCUAUCCCUUACUAUUAUGUCUGCCAUGCACACUCUCUGUUUAAGUCAUUUUCUGGGAAUAUCAGCCCACCUGUUUGCUGUCCAUUUGAGAGGCCCAUGUUUCCAAAAAGGAAAAGUGAAAAAAUACAGUAUUUUUCUAAAAAAAAAAUAUAUAUAUAUAUAUAUAUAUGACUGAAAUUUGGAAACCAGGGAUAUGGCAGCCAACAGACUCUGGAAGCACACUCUCACCAAGUUUACACAGUGACACUAAAGUCUGACUUUGGCUCAAUGUUACAAAGAAACAUUACAAGGAUGCAAAUCUCUACUUUUCCAAGGUUCACGCUGGGUUGCCCAAAAAGGUUUGCACCUGUUUGUCUCUGUUUUCAUUUAGUCUGAAAUCAGCACUUACUGGAGGAUUAAGACACUGUAAGGAAGCAUAACGAACGGGUUUAAAGAAUGAAGUUAAUAUUUCUAUUUCAUAUAGAGGCUAUUACAGACUGUAUGUUGUGCACCUGAAAUGGAGAACAUAAAAAAUACAUUCUUAAACAAAUGAUCA